AUGGAUCUUGAAGAAUAGUAAGGUCUUAUUCCAAAUACAAUACUUACCAAACCUAUCAAAUAAGUUCGUAAGGUCAAAUACACUAAAUCAACCUACAUCAAUUAUUUGAUUGCAAUUUUAGCAUUAAUAAUACUUGCACUUAUGUCAUAUAUUGUAAUAGAUAUAACUGGUUAUGAAAUCAUACAUCUUUCAUUUAAAUCAACCACUAAAUAAUAAAAUAUAACUGAUUAAAUACCAAUCUAAAAAAAUGAAGACUAAUCAUAAAUUGAUACUAUGGAUUAUACAUCCUAAUUAGAUAAUUUAUUAUGGGAUGAUGCUAAUAACAAUAAAUAAAAUCAAGAAGUAUUAAAUGAAGAAUUUAUUGAUGAGAAUUUUUCAAAUUAAGAUGAAAUUAAUUAAAUAGAGGAACCCUCUAUUGAAAAUUAAAAUACUGAUAUUCAAACAUUUUAGAGUGCUACUUUAGAAAUUGGUGAUUAAUCAUAAGUUGAUGAUUAAGUUUAAAUACUUAAUGAUGAAUAAUAACUUGAAUAAUAUUCUCUAUUAUAAUCAGGAUCAAGUAUAAUAACACCUAAAAUAGAUAAUUCAAAAUAUAAUUAUGUUGAAUUACCUAAUAAAAUGAAAAUUCUAUUGAUUUAAGAUGAUGAUGAGAAUGCAUAAAUAUAUUUAAAUGAUUUUAAAGGAUAUUGGUAAACUAAUUAUUUUGUUAAAUGUGAUUAAUGUAUCAUAACUGUUUAAGAAUAACAAACAUAAUAUUUUAUUUAAACAAAAUCUGAUUAAAUUUUAUCUACAUUUAAUGAAUUAAGUUAAGCUUUUGCAUCAGAAACUCCAUAAUUAAAAUAAAUUAAUCAUUAGAAAACUCCUUGGGAAGAAUUAAUAUCUUAAAUAUCUAAUGAAAAACAUCCACUUUCCUCUAAAUAUUCUAAGACAUCUACAUUUGAAUUAUCUCCAAAUCAAUUAGUAUUGAUUGUAAAAGGAAAAUUUAAUUCAGAUGAAUUAAUGGAUGGAAUUGUACAAAGUGAUAUUGUUCUUUUAAGAGAUAAAGAUUUAUAAGAAAUAGAAAAUAUUGAAAUUAUUAAUAAACCUGGAAGUAUUAUUAAAUGGAACAAUUAAAAAGAUUUAAAUUCUGUUAAAAUAAUUUAUGAAUUAGAAAAUAGUAAAGAAUUAAAUUUUAUUGAUUAUUUUAUACAGACUUCGCUUUAAAAUUAUAUCAUUAAUAAUAAAUUAGGUUUAGAUGUCUAAUCAAGUGUAAUAUUAGAUUAAAAUAAUAGAUAAUUAUAUCAAAUUUAAAUAGCAUUACCUUUCUAAGAUUAAAUGGAUUAUGAUUAAAGAGAAUUAGCAUAUAGAAUAAGUAAAAUCAUUAUUAAUUUUGCUAACUCUUUGGAAUCAUAACUAUUAAAUAAUGAUAAUGAAUUAUCAGAAUACUGUAUAAAAAUGAUAGAUUAAUUAUAAUAAAUUAAUAAUUUAUAAUUUGACUAUGAUAAUACAGAAUUAAAUUAUAUGGAAAUUGCUAAAAAUCUCAAAUAAGAUUUAAUAGAAGAAGUACUUCAUUAUAAAUUUAUGAUAUAAAUAGUACCAGAAUCCUUAAAGAAAACAUUAGAUAAUUUAUAAUCUACUAAAAAUUUAAUCAUUGUUGUAAGUGAUUCUUAAUAUCAUACUGAAUAUAGUUUUUUAUAAAUUUCAAAGGGUUCAGCAACAUAGGAUUUACUAUUUCUUACUUAAGAUGAAUUAGAUAUCAAUUAAAAUGGUAUUUCAUAUUCUUUAAAAGAAAUUACUGAUUAAACUAAAUAAUUUAUUGAAAAAACUGAAGAUGAUAUUGUUUUUGUUUUUCCUUCAGUUAAUAAUUAUAUUCCUUAAAAUUUAGAUUUAGUUGAAUAAAUUUAACCAUUUAAAAUCGAUGAUCAAGUUGAAGUGAUUGUGGAUGUCUCUAAAAAAUUACCAAAAAUCUAUGCUGAUAUAACUAUUUUCACAUAUGGAUAAUACAUAUAUGCAGAAUAUUUAUAUGAAAGAAUUAUUAUGGAAUAUUAAGAUGCCAUAAAUGUAGGAUAUGGAGUUGAUGUCAAUUAAAAUUAAUUUUUUUAAAUAUAAUUAUAAGGUUGGUCAGAUCAUUAUACAAAUAUAUUCAAAGGAAUCAUGGAAAUAAUCAAGGAGAAACCUAAUGAAGAAUUAAGAAGUUAAUUAUAAUAUAAAUUUGAUAUGUUACCAGAACAUUUAAAAUUAAUGAAUUUCAAAAUUGAAUCAUACCUUAUAGUCAAUUAUAAAAAACCAUAAUUUGGAGCUAUAGGAUAAAAUUAUAAAAUGAAACUUACAGGAAACAUUGAUAAGGAUUAAGCUAUUAAAUUAAAUUAGAUGCUCCAUAAAACUCUAAAUUUUAAAUCAAAAUUAAAACAAUUACAAUUAUAGAUUUAUAGUAUUAAAAAUAAAGAAAUUUAAUAUCAAAUAAAAGCAAAAGAUAAAUGGCAUCUACUUAUAAACUAUUAUUAAUUUUCUAAUUUAAAUUAAAAUUAAUAAAAUAUACUUAAUAGGAUAUAAGAAUUGAUAUAAAGUAAUGCUCAAGAAUCACAUAUUAUCUUUGAAUAAAAAACAAUCGGUUGCACAUAAGGAUUUUUCUUGAUUUUACAAUCAUCAAAAGAAUUAGAAAGUGAAAUAGAAAAACUUGAUAAAAUAAUAACAAAAACAUUAAAUGAAUUAGAUAAAGAGGAGAAUUCAAAUAAAUAAAGUAAGAAAUAAAAAUAUUAAUAAUUUUGGAAGAAAGAAUCAGGUAAAAUAACUUUCUUUAUUGAUGAUUAAAAUAGAAGUACUAAUUUAGACAAUUUAGAAACAAUACAAUGUAAAUGA